AUGAAGCUCCUUUUCGGGCUUUUGGUCGGGUCAAUGGCCCAAGAGAUUUUUGAAGAAAUUGAGGAAGAGGUUUUCGAGGACGAGAUGUUUAUUUCCAAAGAGAUUGCGAAAGAAUUCGAAUCCUAUGGUGUCAAUACAUCUGAAUGGAAUAUCAUCGAGGACGAGUCGCAAGCAAUCAACGAGGAUGGUAGUUUAGUUGAAGAUGAUGACCUUAUGGUUCGAGCAUUGUACAAGUCUUCUUACAAAUGGCUGCCUAAAAUUGAAGGAAUGAAAACAACCGAAGAGUUUCGACAUGGGAUCAUUUUCGUCAAACAUACGGGUUGUUCGUCUGCAGUUGGUAAAAGCAAAGGUUGGGGAAUCGCUGGAUUGGGAGUUCCUGCUGGCUGGCAGAAAAUUAAUUUGACAACUGGCUGCGCUCAAAGCACAGGCGUUACCCAGCACGAGGUUCUGCAUGCGCUCGGAGUUCUCCAUGAGCAACAGCGGCCUGAUAGAGACGAAUAUAUUGAUUACUUUCCCGAAAGAACAUCAAAUCCAGGUGCUUGGAGCAAAGUUUCUUCCGAAAGAUGGUUCGAUACUUCGGAUACUUACGAUCCAGUAUCCAUUAUGCAGUACAGUUCCUUCACCUUCGCGAACAGUGAUCAACCCAUUGCAACGUUUAAAGACGAGUCUCAUCUCACACGUAGAAAUAAAAUAACAACGACUGAUGCAUUACAAAUACAAAAAAUGUACUGUCAAGGGUUGACCAAACCCUUUUCUGAUGGAGCACCGAUGUUUCCCGAUUACGAAUUAUCGGACACGGCGACUUGCUCUUCUGAAGAUAAAGUUGGAGAAAAACGGAAAGUAUUCACGGAUCGACUUUGCGACGGAACUCAAGAUUGCCCUGGCGGAGAAGAUGAAGAUGGAAGUCUAGCCACGUGCAAUGAAAAAUACCCAAGAACACCGAAUGGAUGUUGCGGGGGAAUUUUUCUUUGCCGAAGCAAAUGCUACACAUGCGUUUACAAUCCAGAUUCAGUAACGUCUGGCCGGGAAACUUGGAGUUGCCCCGACGGAAGCGGCAUUAUCUCUUUGUGGACAUCUUGGUGGUACCAUAUGACUCCCAGCUACUACCCCUUUCCAGGUGGAAGUUAUAGUUAUUGGGACAAAGUGAAUGGCGGCGCUAAUAUCUGUCCACCAAUGAACAUCAAAAUGAAUCGGCUAGGCACUCGACUUUCCUGCGCUAAAGAUGGACCUGCUUUGCCUGAUAAUUGUGCUUCCAAUGAUUGUGAUGAAAAUGCGACUUGUACCAGCAGAUUCGAAGGUUUCUCUUGCAAAUGUAACGAAGGAUACAAAGGUGACGGAAAAUCGUGCGCUUUUAUCCCCGAAGUAGACGAAUGCGCCCUUGGGACUCAUACUUGCGGUCCCAAUGCUGACUGCACGGACGUUCGGGACGGAUUCAAGUGCUCUUGCAAAGAUGGAUAUGUGAACAACAACGAAGAAGUUGGGAGAAGCUGGCCUGCAUCUUGGGCGGAUCCGAAUGGAAAUGACUGCGUGGUAAAAAAUGAGUGCUGUAAGAAGUUGAAGUUGGGAUGGAGAAUCUGUCACAGGACAGGGCCAGAAGAUAAAACAGCAUACUACACAUGUGAAGGAAUUGAAAAUGUGAUCAGAUACGCGUACGGAUCGUGGAGACUGUAUAAAUAUUCGACUGGUGGAACUUAUUACACUGCUUACAACUUUGCAGGACAUGCGUAUUUUUGCUUCCGGACAGAGUCGCUUUAUGGCAACUACGAAUGCCUCGAUGAAAGUUGGAAGACAACAACGUCGUCGACUACCACGACGACUACAACGACGACUUCGACGACGACUUCAACGAUAACAACAACCCAAACUCCUGCAAUCUGCCCUAUCUCGUCAAUUCCAAGCUCAUUAGAAUCCUCUACCGGCGCAUUAACUUGGGCCUGUACUAAUGUGAAGAAGAGAACUCGAAGUUGCAAAGCAAAAUGUGCUGGAAACUUCAUUGAUAGAAAUUAUCUUAUCAGAUGUAUGCAUAGAGGAAAAACGAACAGCUGGAGAGUUGUCAAAGGAUCUGCUCCAACCUGUGAACUGCCAGACGAUUGUCUCACAUCAAAGUGCGACGCGUCCUGCAUUCCGGAGAAGCACAAGCCAGAAGGAGAGCAUUCUUGGCAGUGCCAGGGAAACAAAUGCAGACUUGUCUGCGAAAAUGGAAAUGACGCGGGAGGAUACGGAGUGAUCUGUCGAAAGAAGCAGAAUAUUUGGAUAAAAGCGAAGGGGACCACGCUACCAAGCUGCACUGGAGAUAGUGUUUCUGUUCCUACUGAAAAAUGCACUCAAGAUUCGAUUCCAUCCAAAUUUCUACCGACUGGUCACAAGCUCGCAUGUGGUGGAUCGGUUGGACGAAAAUGGUGCAUUGUAAAAUGCGAAAACGAUUCUCACUUGACUCAAAACAAAUUUGCGGUGAAAUGCAAUACUCAAUGGAAAAGCCAGUGGGUGAAGAUGGACAAGUCAAUGUCUAUUAUCACUUGCUAA